CUCGGAAUGAACAAGAGGAACAAGAGGAGAAACGAGAGAUCAAGAGGAGAUUAACUCGAAAGCUCAGCCAGAGGCCCACGGUGGAAGAGCUGAGGGAACGGAAGAUCCUCAUCCGCUUCAGCGAUUACGUGGAGGUGGCCGACGCUCAGGACUACGACCGCAGGGCCGACAAGCCCUGGACCCGCCUCACCGCUGCCGACAAAGCUGCCAUUCGGAAGGAGCUCAAUGAAUUUAAAAGCACUGAGAUGGAAGUUCACGAAUUGAGUAGGCAUUUAACAAGGUUGCGGCUUUGCAUCUUGUGGUUGCAGAGGUUCGGUGUUUCCUACAUGGUGAGAUCACUGCUGUUUCUUUCUUUAAUUAAGCACGCGUGCGCACGCGCGCACACACACGCACACGAGACAAAAUGAUGGAAGAGAGGACAAAAAAUUCCAUCUGCUCCUUAAUCACCAGCCUGGAGCAGGAUGGUUGUCACCGACACCUGGUCCAGGGCGGGUCUCACGGGGGGGUCCAUGCGAGGCUACAUCCUUAUGAGGCCUGUGAUUUCAGAGUCUCCACCCAGGAGGUGGCAAGCCCGUCUCUUCAGCUACACAAAGAUAUUUUACACAUGAGUUGGGCUAAUUAUCUCAAACUCCCCCCACGAUAGAAUUAGGGUAAAGGCCUUGGCCCCCGCUCCCCAGGGGGCUGGCCUUGUUCACACUACGUGCUGCCUUGACGUCUGGGUCGCAGGGACACUGUUCCAAGCCAGCAUUAAAAUGCUUCCCGUCACCCCCGCCAGCCUCAGCCCCUGCUCCAAACCCUCCCAGCCGGGGCAACACAAGAAAAGCCCCUGGUCGCAGUUUAACUAUCUUGGGUUUUCCUCAGUUCUCUCCCCCUGACCUGGUUACGACAGCCCCAGAGCGGGCAGGGCACAGCCCUGUGCUGUCCCUUCUUUCGUCCUAGAAAGUAUGCACAAUACCCCGCUCACGUCUAAGCUGACA